GCAGGCGUAGCAAACAAUGUGAGGGAAUGAGGUGAUGGAACAAUAGAUAAGGUGACCGAAGGGUGCACAGCUGAUGAAUGUGCACUGUAGAUGGGUCUGAGUCUUCUUACAAGUCCAAAUAAAUUUUGAGAUGCAAACAAAUGCACAAAAUACUCUGUCAAGUAUCAGAGGGGUAGCCGUGUUAGUCUGGUUCUGUAAAAGCAGCAAAGAAUCCUGUGGCACCUUAUAGACUAAUAGACGUUUUGCAGCAUGAGCUUUUGUGGGUGAAUACCCACUUCUACUCUGUGCGAUCCCCACUGUCCAUUAAUGAGCCAUUAGCAGUUGUCACCACCAGUGGCUUCGUGACACACAAGUAGGCCUUGAGGAGAAGGAGGCCUGGGGUGGCAGUUGUGAGGGCUAGUUGGGACAGGAACUCUCUGCACCGGGGAAGCAUGGGAGAAGUGGACAGACAGGCCGACAAGGGCGGCAUCGUCGGCAGAGUGGAGGCAGUAGGCCCAGACAAAAAGAAGCGCAGGCUGGACUCACACCUUGCUAAAUUCCGGCACCAGCCACAAGCCUUGGGGGAGCUGAAGGGAAUGAAACUGCUGGCUGCCUGCUUCAUGUACCUGCUGCUCACCUGUCUGGCCCUGCCCAAAGCCGAAUGCCGACUCCACGAGCGAUCCAUGGAAAUCAGGAACCCUGAUAUCGACCCUUCCUGGUACACGGGGCGUGGGAUCAGCCCCGUGGGACGGUUUGGCCGGAGGAGAGCUGUCGUGGAGAGCUCCCGGAAGUCGGGCUAUGGACACAGGCAAGCUUGCUUCCCUCUAGAAGAAAGCAGUGAAUCCCUUCAAGAUGAAUGAAAUGGCCAAGACAAAGAAUGAAUUUGAAUGAUGAUAAGAAAAGACCCUUCUCCUCUCUCCCUUCCACAUCCCAGCCUCUCUUCUAGGCACAUGAAAAUGUUUGGUCUCAUUUCAAUGUACAGUAUCUUUGUGGCUAUAAAUGAUAGAAACCAAAGAGCAGUUGAUAACUCCAGUAUUUUUGCAGACAAUUUCCCUCUUGUCUGUUUUUUCUUUUUCUCUCCCCUGUUCCCCAUUUGUCCCCAUCUCUGGCUUUUGCUCUUAAAUCUAACAUGAUUUGUGCCAGAAAAUUGCUGGGGGAAAGAAAUACAAAUUCCCAUGUUAAUUAUCUUCCUAGAACAUGGGCUCUUUUAUACAAACCAAAAAAAUAAUUUAAAAAAUUGAGAAACCGAGCCCGGCACGUGUCUGCUGUGACUUGAAACGUAUCAGACUUGUCUCAACUCUCCUGGGCCGUAGGAUCUUUAGAACCGAGUGGCGUCACUUUCCCCUGAGAUUGAGUCUCUCUUCCUGAACAAUUUCUCUUCCACACAAUAAAGUCUUUUGACGUGAUCACCGGGCAGAGGAGCCAGCGUUUUAGUCUGGAUUCUGAAUCCAUCUGAAAGCAGGUGGAAUAUAACUGGCCCUACUCCCCUGACCAAUGUGUCAUGCCAGCAGGAGUAAUACGCUGGCGAAUCAAGAUGACCAUUUCAGCAGGCCCCACACAGCUGGCUCUGCACAGUCCAGAUGGCAGCCAUCUUGCCAUUGCGCAUCUGUGCAGUUCCACCCACCUCCUAGGACAACAAACACUUACUGCUCUGCUGAGGCCUGAGCUGGCGUCUCUAAUUCCCAGCUCUGUUAGUCACUCACUGCGGGCCACCCCUGCCGCUCUGCAUGAGAUUUGCCUAUUAGUCAGGUCAGACCAGAUGAUCUAAUGGUCCCUUCUGGCUUAAAAGUCUAGAAGAUGCUGACUUAGGGUGACCAGACAGCAAGUGUGAACAAUCGGGAUGGGGGUGGGGGGUAAUAGGAGCCUAUAUAAGAAAAAGCCCCAAAUAUCGGGACUGUCCCUAUCAAAUCGGGACAUUUGGUCACCUUACCUGAGUUUUAGACAGAGCUCAGCUUUUCUGAGAUGUAAGAG